CGCCAGCCCAAGCGGAAGUGACGUAAGGCGGCCGCCGGAGGUGUCGUUGCUGUGCUGCGCGACUGGCCUUGAGGGAGAACCGGGGCCUGCUCGCUGAGAGAUACAGCUAUGUCGAUCGAAAUCGAAUCCUCGGAUGUGAUCCGCCUUAUCAUGCAGUACUUGAAGGAGAACAGUUUACAUCGGGCAUUAGCCACCUUGCAGGAGGAGACUACUGUGUCUCUGAAUACUGUGGACAGCAUUGAGAGUUUUGUGGCUGACAUUAACAGUGGCCAUUGGGAUACUGUGUUGCAGGCUAUACAGUCUCUGAAAUUGCCAGACAAAACCCUCAUUGACCUCUAUGAACAGGUUGUUCUGGAAUUGAUAGAGCUCCGUGAAUUGGGUGCUGCCAGGUCACUUUUGAGACAGACUGAUCCCAUGAUAAUGUUAAAACAAACACAGCCAGAGCGAUAUAUUCAUCUGGAGAACCUCUUGGCCAGGUCUUAUUUUGAUCCUCGUGAGGCAUACCCAGAUGGAAGUAGCAAAGAAAAGAGAAGAGCAGCAAUUGCCCAGGCCUUAGCUGGUGAAGUCAGUGUGGUGCCUCCAUCUCGUCUCAUGGCAUUGCUGGGACAGGCACUGAAGUGGCAGCAGCAUCAGGGAUUACUUCCUCCUGGUAUGACCAUAGAUUUGUUUAGAGGCAAAGCAGCUGUCAAAGAUGUGGAAGAAGAAAAGUUUCCUACACAACUGAGCAGGCAUAUUAAGUUUGGUCAGAAAUCACAUGUGGAGUGUGCUCGAUUUUCUCCAGAUGGUCAGUAUUUGGUCACGGGGUCUGUUGAUGGAUUCAUUGAAGUAUGGAACUUUACUACUGGAAAAAUCAGAAAGGAUCUUAAGUACCAGGCCCAGGAUAACUUUAUGAUGAUGGAUGAUGCUGUCCUCUGCAUGUGUUUCAGCAGAGAUACAGAAAUGUUAGCAACUGGGGCUCAAGAUGGAAAAAUCAAGGUAUGGAAGAUUCAGAGUGGACAAUGUUUAAGGAGAUUUGAGAGGGCACACAGUAAGGGUGUCACCUGUCUAAGCUUUUCUAAGGAUAGCAGUCAGAUCCUUAGUGCUUCUUUUGACCAGACAAUUAGAAUUCAUGGUUUGAAAUCUGGGAAAACCCUGAAGGAAUUUCGUGGCCAUUCCUCCUUUGUUAAUGAAGCAACAUUUACACAAGAUGGACAUUAUAUUAUUAGUGCAUCCUCUGAUGGCACUGUUAAGAUCUGGAAUAUGAAGACCACAGAAUGUUCAAAUACCUUUAAAUCCCUGGGCAGCACUGCAGGGACAGACAUUACCGUCAACAGUGUGAUCCUACUUCCUAAAAACCCUGAGCACUUUGUGGUGUGCAACAGAUCAAACACGGUGGUCAUCAUGAACAUGCAGGGGCAGAUUGUCAGAAGCUUCAGUUCUGGUAAAAGAGAAGGUGGGGACUUUGUUUGCUGUGCCCUCUCUCCCCGUGGCGAAUGGAUCUACUGUGUAGGGGAGGACUUUGUGCUCUACUGUUUCAGUACAGUCACUGGCAAACUGGAGAGAACUUUGACAGUGCAUGAGAAGGAUGUGAUUGGUAUUGCACAUCACCCUCAUCAGAACCUGAUUGCUACCUACAGUGAAGAUGGACUCCUAAAGCUCUGGAAACCAUAAUUCAGCUUUUCUUUUUAAAUCAGCUUGAAAGCACGUACUUAAAUGUGCUCUUUUUUUGUUUUGUUUUGUUUUUAAAGGCCAGCUUUUCUAAGCAAAUAGAUUGUCUGAAUUAGUCACA